GGCCGGGUCCUUCCGCCCCAGCCGGCCGGCCCGGCGGCGGGGCGGGGCGUCGGCGGGGCUGAGCCGUCCUCCUCCUGCGCUCUCGCGGCCCCUUCACGCCCUCUCGCUCCGUCUGCCCGGGCGCCGGCGUUCGCGCGCCGCUCCGGAAGUGGGCUCGUGCCCGGCGGCUCCUGCCUCAGGCCGGCGACCGUCGCCACGGUGGCGGCCACCGCGUCACGGCCCACCUCGGCGGCCCUGGGCGCCGUGGUGACCGCGGGCCCCGAGCCUAUGAGCGGCCAGGGGCAGUCGGGGUCCGGGUCGUCGGCGUGGAGCACGGUGUUCCGCCACGUCCGCUACGAGAACCUGGUGGCCGGCGUGAGCGGCGGGGUCCUGUCCAACCUCGCGCUCCACCCGCUCGACCUCGUGAAGAUCCGCUUCGCCGUAAGUGAUGGAUUGGAAUUGAGGCCGAAAUAUAAAGGAAUUGUACAUUGCUUGACUACUAUUUGGAAACUUGAUGGACUACGGGGGCUUUACCAAGGAGUUACCCCAAAUGUGUGGGGUGCAGGCUUAUCCUGGGGACUCUACUUUUUCUUUUACAAUGCCAUCAAAUCCUAUAAGACGGAAGGCAGAGCUGAACAGUUAGAAGCAACAGAAUAUCUUGUCUCAGCUGCUGAAGCUGGAGCCAUGACCCUCUGCAUCACAAACCCACUGUGGGUAACAAAAACUCGUCUGAUGUUACAGUACAAUGGUGUGGUUAAUCCCCCGCAGCAGCAGUAUAAAGGGAUGUUUGAUACACUGGUGAAAAUAUAUAAGUAUGAAGGUGUGCGUGGAUUGUACAAGGGAUUUGUUCCUGGACUCUUUGGGACAUCACAUGGUGCCCUUCAGUUUAUGGCAUAUGAAUUGUUGAAGUUGAAAUACAACCAGCAAGUGAACAGAUUACCAGAUGCCAAGUUGAGCACUGUAGAAUAUAUAUCUGUUGCGGCACUGUCCAAAAUAUUUGCCGUCGCAGCAACAUACCCAUACCAAGUUGUGCGAGCUCGUCUUCAGGAUCAGCACAAGUACUACGCGGGAGUGUUGGAUGUGAUCACAAAGACAUGGAGGAAAGAAGGCAUUGGUGGGUUUUACAAAGGAAUCGCCCCCAAUUUGAUUAGAGUGACUCCAGCCUGCUGCAUCACGUUUGUGGUGUAUGAAAAUGUCUCACAUUUUUUACUUGACCUUAGAGGAGAAAAUAAAUAAGAAGAUAAUUUCUGCAUAUCAAGCCAAGGCAGCAACAACGUUCCUUUAUCCCGACAUAGAAAACUCAAGAACACAACACAGUAAUCCUGGCUCAUAAUCAGAUUGGUCCACAAUCAUUAGAAAUCCGAGAAUUGCCAAGUCACAGUUUUUGUCUGCUUUUUUGCCUUCCCCACUGCCUGAAACGGCUAUCGGCGACACCCAGGCCCUGAGUCCAGCAGAGUUUCGCAUGUUUCUCCGUUUCCUCAUUCAAGUCGAAGCUGAUGGGCAGCACUUGCUAAGGGAUUAGAUGCACUUGCUGCUGCUUCUGAGCUCUUUGGCCUGCAUCCGCUCUAAAAGCCACUUCUGUACAAUUAGUAACAAAAUGGCCUCUGACGGGAAAGCCAGGGCUGUUUCAAGGGUAAAUUUUGAGGUUUAAGGAUUUUACUGAUAAAGGGUUUACUCAAAACUGAACCACUUUAGAAUCAGGACAUUCUUGCAAAUGCUGUUUAGUUUUUUUGAUGUAAAUAGAAUGCAGUCAAAAUUUGAAGUUUCAUACUUCUCUUCAUUUGAGAAAUCACAACAUCUGCAAUCAUUCUGGUACUAGUAUUAUUGUGAUGGAGCCCUAUCUAUGAUUUAAAGUGCAGUCCUGCAUCCAAUUUUUUUUUUUUUGCACAGAUGUUUAAUGUCUUUUAAAAUUUAUAAAGUCUGAACCUCAAAGGAUUCAACUGUGCUGCCCUUCUUCAGCAUAUGUGACUGUGAGGCACUUGUUGGUGUCGCUAAUACAUCACCUCACCUUCCCCAGGUGUUGGCAUGGUUGGUUGGGUGUUUUUGUUGACUGACUGAAUGAAAAUGAGAAACUUGUAACUUCUUCAUUUAAUUUUCAGGAAAUAGGGGUUCAGGUCCAAAGUAAGUGGUUAUUCAUCUACAUUGAUUGCACGAAUUCAGACUUAUAUACAGGUUAUAUAAUUGGCUAUUAUUGAUUUUACUUUGAUGAGUUGCAGAAAUCUAACUAUAAAGGCCUAAUCCCUAAGAUACCGGAAUAUUUCAGAUGUUUUUAUUUAUUAUUAAUAUUUGUAAAGGCUGUUGCACUACCAUUUAUUUGUCCAAACAAAACUGGUUUUCAAAGCCAUAUUUAGGUGGUUCUUUGAAAAUAGGUCUAUUUUUUUAUAUUUAAAAAAUGGCACUGUUUUAAAAUAAAGAUGAAAUGAUAAAUAUCUAAUUGUAUUUAUUAGAAUCUCUUGUAAAACAAAGGAAUGCUUUAUAAAUUAAAUUUGAUGUAUUUUUUCACACUUGUGGAUUAUAUAAUUUAUCUGAAGUCUUAAAAUCAGUUCCUGUAUGAUAUAUACAAGUUGCAGUAAAGUUUCAGAGACCACAUCAUUAUCUGAAUGCUUCCUGUGUGGAAUUGAGGGGAGCAUCAUUCCUGUCUCCUGAGACAUUCCUCUCUCCACAAGCCUGCAGUCAGUCCUGAAGCCAAGUUCCUACCAGAUAACUGCAGUUCUGGAUUAUAAGCCUGAGGAGAGCUCUCCAGGGCCCAGGAGAAAGGUCCCUGUUCCCUACCCAGCACCACUGCCUGUGCCCCCAGAUGUUGCCGGUGGGGACACAGCCCGCAGGAAUUGCUGUCUGACCCUGGGCGAGUGUCGAACAGCAGCAAACUGUGGGCCGAAUGUCAGGUGAUAAAAUGUAGCAGCCAGGUGGCGGGGAGACUUGGUGUGUGAGGAUGCUUGGGGCAGGAAGGCUCUUUGGGGAGGUCAACUUACAAGCACGUUUACAAGUUAAGAAGCAAGGCCCCCAGGAGGACCAGGCCCUAACUGGAUGUCAUGGGACAACUUUGCUCUCUUCUGUUUGGCUUUAGGCAGAGCUCACCCCUCCACCCAUCAUCCUUUGCCUCUCUCAUUCAUAAAAUAGUGUCUUGGAUCAAUUCAAGCCUGAGAGGGUUUUGGGGUUUUUUUUUUGGGAGUGGGGAGAGCCACACCCAGCGGUGCUCGGACCACUCCUGGUGGGGCUUAGGGGACCAUAUCAAGUGCCCUCCAGAUGGGGUUAGAGAAUGACCAUUAAGGAUGUCCAAGGCAAUUGGCUAUUCUGCCCCCAUUGAGCAGAGACCUGGCAUGUGGGAACAGCACCGCUGGGGUCUGCUGGGGAACUGGGAGUCCAGACCCAUAAAUAAACAUUAGUCGGGUCAACACUUGGAGAUGAUGUCUGAGCUCACAUUAUGGGAGAUGGUUCCGGGGGCUCUCUGGAAAAAUGAAGCUUUAAGAAGAGAGGGGUAAGGCAGAAGUUGGUGGUACUUGGGAACUCAUGAAGCAUCGCUGACGGCUUGGGACAGUGACUAGAACAGGGUUUUCAGAGGGGAAACAUGUAGCUGGGUCUUGAAGUGAUUGUAGAGGGAAGCUGGAGGGAGCCAGGGAUGAAAGGCAUUUCUAAAGCAGUCAGUGCCGGUGAAGAGCAGAAAGCUGGGCCUAAAUGCUCGAAGUGUUACAGAUCCUGUUCGGUUUGGUUUGGUGAAUAAAAUAUAAUUAGUAGAACCAAGAAGCAUGGCCGUGCAUCAUAGGGGUGAUGCAGGAAGGCAAAGCAAACUCAGAAAGGGAAGGUUCUCACCCAGCAAAUACUAGGGAUGAAGAGGAACAUAGAUGAUGACAGAUUGGAAUUCUCCUCUGACAGCACAUUGCAAGCUUGCAGGCAGUUUAGCUGGGGAGGCAAAGGGCAAAUAUUCUUUUCACUUAAGUCCUUGAUUUCAGCAGAUAAAGGGAAGGUAGGGAACUUUAGCUUGGGAGCCAGGUAGUUUAGGGAUUAACGCACUUCCUUUCCUGUGGACCCAGUACUCCGUAUGGUCCUACAGCCCCACCAGAAGUGUUCCCUGAGCACAGACCUGGGAGUAAUCUCCAGCACCACUGGGUGUAGCCAAAUAUAUAAAAACAGAACCAGAAAAGUGCUGCAGGUCUAGAAAGUUGGGGAGGCUCACAAAGCCAGGUCUAUGGAGCUCACUUGGAUAUGAAGAUAAGAGUCCAAGAAGAGCAACAGAAAGCAGGGCUGGGCCAGGGAGAACACGGCAGAAUGUGAGCAGACGGUGUAUGGCAGGCCUUGGGCAAAGAUGCCAAUCGCAUCUCAGUACAUGCUCUUGUGGGCUCACAGUUUUAGAAAGUGAUGUUGUUUCUUCAACACUAUGCUAAAAAAAGGACUUCACUGAAGAUCCUUGAGUUUUGUGAGUCAUCGGAGCGCGAAGAUCUUUUGAAUGUGGGCACUUGACGGGAUUUAACACCUUCCAGAUAAAACUCUGUAUUACCACUUUCAUAGCAAGGUUUUUUCCAUGGUUAUAGGACUACUUAGAGAAACAAAACACUGUGAAAUGUUUUACUUAACCUUUCUGGCUGUUGACUAAGUGUGUUAGAUAACAUGCAGAAAAUAACGAAAUCUGGAUUACAUAAAUAUUUCAAUGUCUUCCUAGAAUAGUUAAGUAGGAAUUAAAAUCUGAAAGUAUUGAAUCUUACGUGA